AUGAAGAUCCCCACCCUUCCUCAUUUGCCGCGGUUCCAGUUGCACGCCGAGUCACGAUGGACGAACAAAGAUCUCGACCCCGUCCCUGCAGAUCAAAGAAAAUGGACGGUCCUUAGUUUCAUCGGCUACUGGAUUUCAGAUUGCUUUUCCGUUGCGAAUUGGCAGCUGGCGAGCAGCAUCAUCGCUAUUGGACUAUCAUGGAAAGACUCAUUGGGAAUGGUAGCUCUAGGAUUUUUCAUCCUAUCCAUUGUGAUAUCCAUGAAUGGAGUCAUUGGGGCUAUAUAUCAUAUCCCAUUUCCGGUCAUUGCGCGCGCAAGCUGGGGAUUUUGGGGGUCCUACAUUCCUAUCAUUUCACGAUUGAUUCUCGCUGUGUUUUGGUUCGCCACUCAAGUUGUGAAUGGAGGAAACUCGGUAGCUGUCAUGAUUGGAGCUAUCUGGCCAAGUUUCCUGGACAUUCCAAAUACGCUUCCAGAAAGCGAAGGCAUUACGACCCAGGGUAUUAUCGGGUUUUUCAUUUUUUGGCUUCUUCAGAUCCCAUUUCUACUCGUCCACCCAAACAAGCUACGCUGGCUAUUCCUCGCCAAGUCUGUUGUUGUGCCAGCUGCAUGGAUCGCUAUGCUCAUCUGGGCUUUUGUCAGUACAUCACACACAGACAUUCUCCUUGCACAGAAAAGUCAGUUGUCUGGCUCAUCCUACUCCUGGGCUAUGAUGUCUGCUUUGACAUCGGUUAUUGGAAACUAUGCCAGUUUGAGCGUUAGUCAAGCAGACUUCUCGCGAUAUUCCUGCGUCAACCCUCGGUGGCAUAUACUAUAUGUUUUUUUACUCCCAGCAAUGUUCACAUUCAUCGCAUUCAUCGGGAUCGCUGUCUCAUCUGCUGGACAAGUCAAAUAUAAUACCGAAUCAAUCCCCUGGGAUCCCAAUGUUCUUGUUUCAUUGUGGAGCAAUCGCGCUUGUCAAUUCUUUGGAGCAUUCUCCUUUGCUCUCGCCGCACUUGGGUCCAAUAUCUCUGCAAAUUCGUUGGCAGCAGCAAAUGAUUUCUCGGCUCUUGCACCUCGAUUUAUCAAUAUUCGGCGUGGUCAAUUACUCUGCGCUCUGUUUGCCUGGCCAUUGGUUCCUUGGAAGAUCCUUGCGUCGGCUGGAAAUUUCCUUAAUUUCAUGGUCGCCUAUGCAAUUUUCCUCGGACCUAUCGCCGCCAUUAUGCUUUGCGAUUACUGGAUUGUUAAACGCCGAAAGUACGACUCUGUCGCCCUAUAUCAGCCUAUGGGCAUUUACAGGUACUUCCACGGGUUCAAUUAUCAUGCUUUGAUAGCUUUUAUUGUCGGGACAGUACCUAGUCUCCCUGGGUUGAUGAAUUCAGUAAACUCAAGUAUUCAAAUUGGAGUUGGAAUCCAUCCAUAUGAGUUUGGCUGGCUUUUAGGGUUUGUUGUCAGCACGAUGGUGUAUGUUGGUUUGAAUAUUGUCUUCCCUCAGACCGAUGCGCAAAUAGAUACCGCUAUCUUUCCGGACACCAAUUUGGAGGGACUUGAACUGGAUGGCAAUGGUUCGAAAGUCGCUGCAAAAGUCUAA